UGUCGGACUACUGCCUCGAAAACCACGCAAACUGACCGACGUUUUGUUUAUAUUUGGUUUUCUUCGUUUAAAUUUUUAAUCUAAAAAGAAUUGUUGUAUAAAGUGGAAACAAAAAUGUUUCUUAAUGUUCUUGUAACAGAAUAGGAAUAGUUGCAUGAAGUUAGAUAAACUUUCCUUGCGCUGGCGUCAUGGAAGGAGGAACCACUAAGCGAUCAGAUAGUGGCACCAGCAUUGGAAGCAGCGGAAGUACCGGAAGCUUCCUCUCCAAUGGUUUCGGAACUCAAUUUAUGACUGUGGCCCCUCCGCUGCUCAACUGCGAAGAUGAGCUGAUUUGGUUGGACAUGACAAAUCCCGCUUAUCACAAGCCCGUCUACAACAGCUCGAUCAACGAGACGAAACCCGUGGGUAAGGAUGCAAAGAACCUGAUCACUCAAUCCUUCCGACAGGCCCUCAGCAUUCAGGAUCAGAACGACCUGCUCCGGGAGCUGGAGAAAGAUCCAGAGCUGGUUUAUAAUGUGGGAUUGACUCCGGAUAAGUUACCUGACCUAGUGGAGUACAAUCCGUUGAUAGCAAUCGAAAUCCUGCUGAAGUUAAUUCAUUCACCGCAAAUCACCGAGUAUUUCAACGUGCUGGUCAACAUGGAAAUGUCGCUCCACUCCAUGGAGGUUGUGAACCGGUUGACGACGCUGGUCGAGCUUCCCACCGAGUUCAUCCAUCUGUACAUCAGCAACUGCAUAUCGUCCUGUGAGGCCAUCAAGGAUCGCUAUCUGCAGAACCGAUUGGUCAGAUUGGUUUGUGUGUUCUUGCAAAGUUUAAUCCGGAACCGGAUAAUCGAAACGAGUGAACUGUGCAUUGAACUGGAAGCGUUUUGCGUAGAAUUCAGUCGCAUAAGGGAAGCAGCGGCACUUUUUCGGUUAUUGAAGCAACUCGAAACGGAAUCUAAUUCGGUUAGUAAAGUGAAGUAAAUUGUUUGAAAUUA